AUGGAGAGAUUAAAAGAUAUUGAGAGUAUGGCACAUGGACAUGCAGGCGCAUUGGCUGGUCUUUUUUCUACAUGCUUACUUUAUCCUCUGGAAAACAUCAAAACGAGAAUGGCUGCAUCAUAAUAAAAAGAGGCCAUUCAAGAAGUCAUCAUUAAAGUUUGGGAUUCGGAAGGUCUAUGGGGAUUUUUUAAAGGAGUAACCCCGUUAGCAUUAGGCAACUAUAUUUCAUAUGGAGUUUACUUUUUUUGGUAAGAAUAUUAUAUUGUAUCAGAAGGUAUGAGUAUUUUAAACAUUGGUUUAGAACUGAUAUUUCUAAUUCAUUUGCUUUAAUUUAACCCUCAUUAGCAUCAGCCAUUUUAACAACAUUCGUAACAAAUCCAUUUUGGGUAGUUUAGUCAAGGAUGACAAUAUGCAAAGAUAAUCUUAAUUUUUUUCAAAAGACUAAGAAGAUAGUUGAGACUGAAGGUUGGGAAGCCUUAUUUAAGGGUCUUUAAGCCUCUCUGAUAUUGACAAUAAAUCCAAUUAUUUAAUUUGUUAUUUACGAAGCGUUUAAAAGAAAAUUCUAAUAUGCAGAAAAUUAAGCCUUUGUAAAUUUUAUUGGAGGAGCCAUCUCCAAAGCUAUUUCUACAAUUUUAACUUAUGUUUAUUUUUAUAACUUAUUUUAGCCAUACUAACUUCUAAGGACCAAAAUCCAUUUCAAGAAACAUAGUUCAAAAUCAUAUUUUUCUGCAGUUGAAAAGAUAAUAAAGAAUGAAGGAAUAUAAGGAUUAUUUAAGGGUAAACAUUAAUAUUAAUCAUUCAGGUUUGACACCGAAAUUGUGCUAAUCAGUCCUGAAUUCUGCAUUUUUACUCAUGUUUUAUGAAAAGAUUUAUGAAAUCAUCAAAUAAGGAAUAAUCCUUAUAAUUAUUGAAAUUUUGAAGUAUCGCAAAAAAAUUAGAAAACUAUAAAAAUUAAAAUGA